AUGAACCCCCCAACCCAUAUUAUCGACCCCGAUGGUGAAGUGAUCAUUAUAUUGCGCAAUGCAAACUCUCCUUUUGCACAAUCAGCUGAAAAUAUGAUCCCUGGCAAGACUCAUCACAGCCCUCAAGAACCUUGCCAGUAUGCCCAGAUUCCUGCCGGAGAGACUACUGCCGAAGAGCCCCCUCUCGAAAUGCUUCUCAAAGACCCUCCCGUAGAGGCCGCUGCCGAAGAACAGAUGUGUGAAUCACUGGAUAAUGGUGACUUUCGCAUUCAAGUCUCCGCGAAGCAUAUGAUAUUUGCCUCUCCGGUAUUCAAAAAGACACUCACCGGCGGCUGGAAGGAAAGCAUCGCUUACUUGCAAGAAGGCUCAGUUGAGGUUACUGCGGACAGCUGGGACCUCCAAGCGCUCUUGACCCUUCUUCGUGCAAUCCAUGGCCAAUACUAUCUCAUACCACGAAAGAUAUCUCUCGAGAUGCUCGCCAAAGUCGCUGCCAUAGCCGACUACUAUGCUUGCAAGGAGGUUCUAUCCAUCAUAGCAGAUAUGGGGAUCGAUGCUCUGGAGGAAAAAGUUCCCACAACGUAUUCACGAGAUCUGAUACUCUCUCUGCCCAGUUCAAAGAGUGAACAUCAACUGCUAUUUCAUGGAGUGACGGUUGUAUCAAUGGUCGGGGAAUUCCGAUCCCCAAUCAAGUCAUCGUGUUUGGUCUCUAACCGAAUUGCAGUAUCAAUGAACAAUGAUAGACAGGAUGGUAUUAAUAAUGUUAUUCUCCUCCAUGACACACGCGAGGCGCUUUUGAAUGGAACUCAAGGCUGCGGAUAUGAAUGCAGAUCAAUCAUGUAUGGAGCCCUUACUAUGCAGAUGCAGUCAAAUCAUCUCCUUUCACCAUGGCCUGCGACUCCCUUUCCGGAUCUGAGCUACGGAGACCUUAUAAACAAGGUGUCAUCAUUCACAUCUCCACGCUGGUAUACAUCUAGCCGAAGGGAUUAUCACUUUUACGGCCACACUUGUGAUGAUUCAACUUUCACAUCCAUGUUGAGAUUGAAUAAUUUUGUCGAAGGGUUGGACCUUAACGAACUCCAUGCUUCAUAG